CGUCGACUCUGCUUUACACAUCUCACACGGUAAAGUUACAUAGUUCAGCUUGAAUCGGCACUGACGAAAGCAUCUUUCUGCGAAUAUGGCGCCUCCGGCAAGUGAAACAGCUGCGGUGGUUGACGGCGGUGAUGGGCAGCAGCAACGACAAGCUGGUGGGUUUGGGCAGGCAAUUACCGGAAUCAUUAGAAUCGCCGUCUUCUGCUACUUUGCUUCUAAGUUCUUUUCUCCGAAACAAAAACCAUCGGAUCCUUCUAAGCCUUCUCAUCUUAUGUCCAAUCUCUUUCAGAGGGGAGAGCCCAUGGAUAUGUGGUUUUAUCUUUCGGAGCAUGAGAAAUUCAAUGACUUUGGCAAUGAAGGUGCGCUUAUUUGGCACGAGACAAACAUACCUUAUGCUGUGUGGAAGCCAGAGAGCACUAGGACCUUGUCAAUGACAUAUUAUCCAUCCGAGGCACUGAAGAAUAAUGGAAGUCUGUAUGCUCAUGUCUUCUUUGCUCGAUCUGGCUAUCCUAUAGAUCCUAAUGAUCCUGAAUACCAACCUCUUAACUGCUUUGGCAAGACACACCCCGUUGCAACUUACUUGCCAAAGCGAAAAGCAGAUAAGAAGAAGAGUCUGUUGGGAAAUCCCAAAGACGAUGAUGAAUCCAAUGUUGAAGUUGAGGAGGUUGAUGGUAAGGACUCGGAUCUCAAGGAUGAGGGCCCUGUGGAAUGGGUUUCCUACUGGAAACCAAAUGUCACAAUUAACCUAGUCGAUGACUUUACUCGCUAUCCACAGCAUGGUGUACCACCAAACAUUGAUCCUUACUUACUGGUGGAACCUAGUACAGUAAACUACUACCCUACAGUUUUCUUUAAUGAGUUUUGGCUGCUAAGGGACAAGUUGAUUUUAAUCAAUGAGACGGUCUCAGAGCUGCCACUUAAUCUGGAAGUAAGCCCCAUAAGCAUGACAAAGUGGCAGCUGUUUCAGCAGAUUGAUCAGUCUUUCCAGAUUCACCGUAGCUAUGGAAGCAUGCUUGAUGGUGAAUCUGACGAACUAAAGAGGGUGUUUUUGGAAGGAAAUCCCUAUCUGUUGGGCGUCACAAUGUUUGUUUCGAUGCUUCAUUCUGUAUUUGACUUCCUUGCAUUCAAAAAUGAUAUCCAGUUUUGGAACAAGAACAAAUCUAUGGAAGGACUGUCUGCGAAGUCUGUCGUACUGAACUUUAUGUGUCAGUUUAUCAUCUUCCUCUACCUGCUUGACAACGACACUUCGUGGAUGAUACUGGCUAGCUCUGGAGUUGGUGUCUGCAUCGAGUUCUGGAAAAUAGGGAAAGCCAUGCGGAUUGAGGUUGAUCGAAGUGGGAUGAUUCCAAGAUUGAGGUUCCACGACCGUGAAUCCUAUGCAAGCAACAAGACCAAGGAGUAUGACGACAUCGCCAUUAAAUUCUUAUCCUAUGUGCUCCUCCUCCUUGUUGUGGGUUUCUCCAUAUAUUCACUUGCCUAUGAACGCCACAAGAGCUGGUACUCAUGGAUCCUAUCUUCACUAACGAGCUGCGUCUACAUGUUUGGUUUCAUAAUGAUGUGUCCUCAAUUGUUCAUCAACUAUAAGCUGAAGUCAGUAGCACAUUUACCAUGGAGGCAAAUGACAUAUAAGUUCCUCAACACAAUCAUCGACGAUCUCUUUGCUUUUGUCAUCAAAAUGCCAAUGCUGCAUCGCCUUUCUGUCUUCCGAGAUGGAGGUUGAUGGUAAGGACUCGGAUCUCAAGGAUGAGGGCCCUGUGGAAUGGGUAUCCUACUGGAAACCAAAUGUCACAAUUAACCUAGUCGACGACUUUACUCGCUAUCCACAGCAUGGUGUACCACCAAACAUUGAUCCUUACUUACUGGUGGAACCUAGUACAGUAAACUACUACCCUACAGUUUUCUUCAAUGAGUUUUGGCUGCUAAGGGACAAGUUGAUUUUAAUCAAUGAGACGGUCUCAGAGCUGCCACUUAAUCUGGAAGUAAGCCCCAUAAGCAUGAAAAAGUGGCAGCUGUUUCAGCAGAUUGAUCAGUCUUUCCAGAUUCACCGUAGCUAUGGAAGCAUGCUUGAUGGUGAAUCUGACGAACUAAAGAGGGUGUUUUUGGAAGGAAAUCCCUAUCUGUUGGGCGUCACAAUGUUUGUUUCGAUGCUUCAUUCUGUAUUUGACUUCCUUGCAUUCAAAAAUG